AGUGUUUUAAACAUGACGGAACAGGUUUCGGGUGUAUUGUUUUCUUAUUCUAAUCGACCAAAAAGUGCCCACCACGACAGUUGCAUCCCGAAAGCAAAGGCCGCUCAACCAGCAAAGAAUCACACUGAAGGAGAUUAUAGAGGCUGCGAUGGUGUAACCCAAAAUAAAAUUUGGACAGAAAAUGUUCAGAGUGAAAAACGUUGCAGAAAAAAUUGGAGCCAUGAUUGGGGAUAUUUAACAGAUUAUGACGCAAGGGGUAAUUUGAAACAAAAAGAAGAAAUGCCAGAGAAGGUCGCUCUUUAUUCUGAUAAUGUUCCUAACACCAAUUCAGCCAUGUAUGGCAACAGAAUCAAUACCGAUCUAGGACAGAAGAUGCAGGCGAUGGAAUUCAAAUUUUAUGCUGAAAAACGACGCAGAAAAAUGGGCAAAGACUUGAUUUGUUAUUAAGUUUUCCAUUGUCUAAAAUCAUCAAGAAUAAUUCGUUAAAAUUUUAAAUGGUACCUACAAAUGAUACCAUUUUGUCCAAAUCAUUCAAGAAAUUGUCAUGUUAUCCAAGCUUACCGCAAAAAAAAAAACGCCCCUUCUCCCCUUUCACACACUUACUAAUUUCAUGUCAUUAUUCAAGAUAGUAAAUAAAUGAAAAAUUAUAACCAUAUUUAAAGCGAAAAGAAAUCAGUAUCUAUUUUACAGCCACUUUAAAAUUACAAAAACUGCAAGCGUCAUUUCAUUUCAUUAUGGAAGUGCAUCUGUGCCAAAACAUUUCCUAACGUUAAUUUUAUGGAAGGCUAUCCAUGGCAAAAGUAUGAUUUUUAACUGUCUCAUAAUUGAAAUGCUUAAGUAUAGGGUAAUUCAUAACAUUUUUGUUGUAGAUAAACAGAGUAAUUUUUUAUAUUUAAGAAUGUACUUUAUGACGUUUUUAUCAUCUUUAUUAAUUGGUAUUGGGUUAACUCUUUUAGUUUCUAUUAUUAAAUAUUUAAAUUCAACCUUUGACUUUAUUCGUUAUAUGUCAUAAUCAUUAUGUAGAAGAUAUAAAAAAUAUAUCCUUUAAAAGUUAUUAUUGGUUAUAGUACGAGAAUGGCCACAUUACAGAGGUAACACUGUUGAAUCGUGUAAAAUUCAAAUGUGGUUUUAAUAGCAGGGCUAUACUGUUAUAAUUUAUUUAUUUAAUUGCUUUAAGAUUUUGUUUUGUUGUAUUUUGAUAUUCAUACCUGUCUCAGCAUUAUAAAUAAUCAAUUAUUAAAUCAAUAUUAAAA